CACCUCGUUCUUCAAGAACCCCCAACUCGAUACGAUGGCUGGUCGCGGCAAGGGCAAGACCUCUGGCAAGAAGGCCGUGAGCCGCAGCGCCAAGGCCGGCCUGCAGUUCCCUGUGGGCCGCAUUGCGCGCUACCUGAAGAAGGGCAAGUACGCCGAGCGCAUCGGUGCCGGCGCGCCCGUGUACCUGGCCGCUGUGCUGGAGUACCUGACCGCUGAGGUGCUAGAGCUGGCCGGCAACGCCGCCCGCGACAACAAGAAGAACCGUAUCGUGCCCCGCCACAUCCAGCUGGCCAUCCGCAAUGAUGAGGAGCUGGGCAAGCUGCUGGGCGAGGUGACGAUCGCCUCGGGCGGUGUGCUGCCCAACAUCCACGCCGUGCUGCUGCCCAAGAAGACCAAGGGCGGCAAGGGCGAGGAGACCGCCUAAGCGACUCGUCCUAUCGACUUGCAUUCAUCAACAAACUCGGUGUUUCUCAACACCACCAUCACUUGGUUGACACGGCGUGGCAGUGGGCAGGGGUGAUGUGGGGCGAGGCCUCUCCACGCCCUCGGAGCCUAUUAAGGAGCCGGGAGAGGGGGCGUGCCAGCGAGGGAGCGGUGUGACGGGCAAGCACAGAGCAUAUAUGGAGUGUGGAGAGUAGCAAGGUCAAUUUGUGCAAGUACGCGCGGUGGCAGUGGGUCGCCUGUCGUUCGCAACGUGCUACCGACCUGGCCAAAGGGGGGCUAAGGGAGUACGGGUUGUGCCUCUGGCCUAA